AUGGCCGACGACCGAGGGAAGAAAGCGGACGGCAAGGGACAGGGCAAGAAGACGGACGAAGAUCUCACCAGAGACAUCGAAAGCGCUAUCAACAGAGUUCCUCAUGGCGGACCCCAGCAUCGGGCCCUUCUAUUUCUUCGAGACAUCAACCAGCGUUGUUUAGGCGGACUUUACAUCAAACUGGCUACGCGGCAGCAGAUCCUGAACGACCUUCUCAACAACAACAUCCCGAGCGAUAGGGACAUGAUGCACGGCUGCGACCGCCGUCCCUAUCAUGAGUGGUAUUCGGCCGUUCUCCUCCACGACGUCCAUGACGAUGACGAUAUACCUCUGUACUGGCGGGAAAGCAAUCAUGUGAUGCCCUUCGUCGAGCAUCUCCGCGACAUUCUCAACGGGGUUGACAAACCCUGUCCCCUGAGAAAGAAGGGAAAAGCAGCUUUGAAAGAAGGAAAGAAACGGAAAAGAAACAUGUCAGUUGAAGACGAAGAAGAAGACGAGGAGUCCGAGGAUCGACAGAAUCAGCAAGACUCUAGACGCCUAGCGGCCCAAAGAACCCUCCCUGCCGCAAUAAUGGGUCAACAUGAAGCCUCCACCAUUGCUCACAACGGAACCCUGAACAGACCCCAGCUUCAGGGAACGCCCUCAUCAGCAUACCAUACGACCAUGAAUAUGCCUGCCCAUGUCCCUUCAGCCCAUCGAUCGUCAGGCUCUGGCAUGUCCUACGACAGUCUUUCAACCAACUGUAUGGGCACUAUGGGUAUUGCGUCACAACAGUCUCGCAUGCCCGCGAGAAACGCACCUCAGUUGUCGAAUCCUUUGAUAUUUCAGCGCUCAGAAAGCUACCUUGAUUCUACCUCGGGAUCCCAGCAGACAUUCAACCAUCAUCAUCAUGGCCCCCAGUUCGGCUUCAGUCACCAAUUCCCCACUACCCCUGGUUCUCAAGAUGGCUGGAAUACCGGCAAUGGCUAUUCCCAGCGCUCAGCCGCAAGCAACCGUGUCUAUCAACAGUAUCCAGGAGCCCAUGGUGCGGCCUCCAACGCGACAUUGAAUCAGCUUUCGAGACACAUUCAUCAAUCCCUUCCCACCGCCAACCUUCAAAGAAACGCCAGUACCAUGCAUCAUCCAGCUUCUCUUCACGACGGCCAGGUCACCAGUGCUACUCAGGAGACUGGUCAGCAAGUUUAUAACGAGAGUGGACGUAUCCUGACCAUACAAGAGGCCGUUCCUGACAGAGGCCAGGUCCCCCAACAGCCCCAGACCUCCAACCAACAAUCGUCUGCUGUUCUCCCUGGGUCAACCGAUCAAAACCCAUAUGGGCAGCAACCCGACGUUUACAGAUGGAGGCCUCGUUACCAUAUGCCCAAUCACGGCCAAACUGAUACUGCGGCGACACACGCCAGCCGCAUCGGCCAUCGGCAUUCCGGCAGCAGGGAGAUGAAUGAUCAUGAGGCCUCUCAGUAG